AUGCCAACUUUACUCAAGUUUUUUCGAGCGAUCACUUCCGUCGGUCCAGUUAAACCGGUCUUCAGCAAUGUCAAAUGUUGUGGCGCCUUGCAAUUUCGCCCGCUCUCUACCGUGGACAGUGCGCUGAAAAUGAAGCACAUUAACAUGGACUAUCAGAGAAUCCGGAGAUCAUGGUCUGACGAGGAAACUGAGAAAUUGGUCGAACUUGUACAAAAGCAUGGUCCAUCGUGGACAGCUAUUUCCAAACAUUUUGAUAAGCGAUCUCCUUCUCAUUGCUUCAUGCGGUACAAGACGUACAUGAAACAGGACGGCUACAACGGACCUUGGUCUGCAGAAGAAGUUGAUACUCUUCGAGCACUGUGUAAAAAUAUUACGUCUGCUAAUCAGCUAGACUGGCAAGAAGUACGCAAGUUAUUACCUGUACCUCGACCUAUGUGGCAGAUCAAGCAAAAAUGGCAAGACACCCUCAAUCCUCAGCUGAAUUAUGGGAAGUGGUCCGAAGACGAAGUGGCUCGAUUCGAAAAGCUUUUAGCGAUGUACGGUGUGGAAAAGAAAUGGGAUGUCAUAGCAGCCGAGAUGAAGACUCGGAAUCGACGUCAGUGUUAUGAACGAUGGCGAUUUACAAUGUGUCCCACUAAAGGACACUACAGCGAGGAAGAAAAUGCUCAGAUCAUGCAAGCGGUGGCAAAAUAUGGUGACAAAGAUUUCGCGCUAAUUAGGAGAGUGAUCAAAAGCACACGUACACCGCGGCACUUGAGCCAGCAUUACCGCGACGCGCUGGAUCCCAACGUCGAUCGAUCUCCUUGGACAGACCAGGAAGAGAUGAAAGUGUAUAAUCUUUUCGGAAAGCAUCGGGAUAUGGUGAAAGUACGUCAAUUGAUGGGUUGUCGCCGGGCCGGUAGAGAUAUGUGGAACCACUACUAUAAGGUUAAAAAGCUGGUAGAUAAGGGCCGUGCCGUGGUUGUCCAUGGUGAAGUAACCCAACUCAAUAACCGUGGCUCAACCGCAUUAGAAACUAAAAAUUAA